AUGGCAAAACACUUUGACUGUCGACAAUUUGUCACUUUUGAUGAUGGUGAAGGAUAUGGGGGUCUUAAAAAUCUCUAUUUUAUGUCAACAAACCAACCAAAGCCUCUAAAUGUCUAUUGCAUAAAGCUGAGAAAUUUCAUCAAAUCUCAUUCAGAUCCAAGCAUAUUACGGAAGCGCGACGUCUUCCGGGCGUCCGGUCUAGCCGACACUGUGACACUGCAGACACUACGGACACUGGACACUGCGGACACGGCCAACACUGGGCGCGGCGGUGUCAGCGUUUCGCCUCUGCGUCCCUGGGCGCUCGAGCGCGUCUAUCGUAAACAUACGAAACAAACUAGCACAGCCAUAAUAUCUCCC